UGGCCGAUAGGAUCACAAAGACAAGGUGGGAAAUGGCGUCGCUACUUCGUCUCCGAAACCACCAUCACUGCCAUUCUCGCCUUCGUCCUCCACCUCUUCUUCCGCACCACCACCGCCGCCUCAGGAGAUGUGUCCUCCUCCUUCCUCGCCCCUACCACCUCCGAGGAUCCUCUCUUAUCGCCCGAGCAGAGCUGCCACCUCGAGAAGCCGGAACCGGGCAGAGCGCCGGCGAAGCACCUCUGCCCGUCUCUUCUCCGCCGCCUCCAUCUCCUACACCUACAAAGCCCGAAGGAAAAGGGAUCGGAUUCGGUGGAUCGCCGGCUUCCGAAUCGAAGAAGAGGAAGAAGAAGGGCUCGGUUGUUCGACGCUCUCCCAUAGACAGGAGCUCUCUCGUGUAUUCGGCGAGUAAAGAGGACCAGUCGCAGCAGCCGGCUGUGAACGAGAGUGCCUUCCUUCUCACUUGGUUGGGCCUGGGCGUGAUCAUCCUCGUUGAGGGCCUCGGGUUGGCUGCGGCAGGCUUCUUGCCAGAGGAGUGGGAUAGCUUUUUUGUGAAAUAUAUUUAUCCUUCCUUCACUCCAACAGUCCUCUUGUUUCUUGGUGGUACCGUUGCUUAUGGGGUCUUCAAGUACUUUCAGGCUGAGAAAAUGAAGAGCUAAGUGGAGAACAAAUGGUAAAACCAGGGAGUUGUUCUGUCGUUGUAUCAUACGAGUCAUUUGUGAUUAUUACAUCUGAUCUUGUUGGUUAAUUUUGUUGCAAUGUAUUUUAGUCAAUGUCCA